UCGCUGUAGUUCCGAAAAUCUAGGCUAAUGCUAGCAUGUAGGUGAUAGUUGGUGUAUCCGCCGAGAGUAAGUGAACGGUCGUAAUAGAGUCUAGCUAAACCUCGACUAUCCUGUAUUCGACGUCUCGUGCGAGUGAUUGUACAUCUUCUUAGAUUCACCGAGAAUGCCCCUAAUAAGUGACCAUGUGCCUGUCUCUAAAGCAUCCUCCUGCAGAGACAACAGACGAGAAUUCCACUCACCUGUGUCUAUUGCAUCAUCACUGAUCAAUGUCAUGAGACCAAAAUCAGAUUCCUAAGAACUUAGGCUAAAAGUCAAAGUCUACGGUCUCAAAGACUAAGUGUCGGUUCGUACACUGCAUUUGGAAGCCCAAUUCAUGUCCCACUAUCACCAUCAGUGUAAAAGCUCCUCUCUAUUUGAAAGAAUCUCUCGUCAUUUUCCAUCUCAAGGCGUCCUCUGUUUCCUCUGCUUUUCCUCUGUUUUUCCCCUGCUUUGUCUUCCUUCAAAGAAAUGGCGCCUUCCAGGCUACCUACCGUUUCCCUCUCCGCCGCCGCGCUGCUGGUUCUACUCCUCCUCCGGCCCGCCGCUGCUCAAGCACCCACCGUCGUCAGAGCCGGCUACUGGUUCCCGGAAAGUGGGUUUGCCGCCUCCGCCAUCAACUCCACGCUUUUCACUCACCUGUACUGUAGGUUCGCCGGAGUUAUUUCGGGGAACUUCGGGGUCGUUGUCUCCUCCGCGUACGAGCCGGAAUUCUCUAGUUUUACCCGGACGGUACAGCGGCGAAACCCGUCGGUGAGAACCCUUUUCACCAUUGGCGGCGGGGACGCCAACACCACGACCUUGGCUGCCAUGGCCAGUCAACCGGGUAGGAGGAAGGCGUUCAUCGAUACCUCCACAAGCCUUGCAAGAUCAUACAAUUUCCAUGGCCUCGAUUUCAUAUGGCAGUACCCUUCGGACCCAACCCAGAUGGCCAACUUCGGAGCCCUCCUCACGGAAUGGCGAGCCGCGGUGGCGGCGGAGGCCAGGAGCUCCGGCAACCCUCCUCUGCUUUUGUCCGCCGCCGUCCUCUACUUAUCCUACUACUUCUCCCCCUCCGUCCAAUACCCUGUCCAGACAAUAUCUGACACUGUGGACUGGAUCAACCUUAUCGCCUACGACUUCUACGGCCCCAGAUGGUCGCCGAACACCACCGACGCGCCGGCGGCGCUGUACAAUCCCGGCCGCAGCGAGAGCGGCGACGAAGGGGUGAACUCCUGGAUCGAAUACGGAUUUCCCGCCAACAAAAUCGUCUUCGGAAUUCCGUUCUACGGCUGGUCGUGGCAACUCGCCGACGCCAGGAACCAGGGGCUUUACUCGCCGGCGAGUGGGGAGAGCGAAUUGUUCAAUUCGACGGCUGGGUAUGCAGGGUACGAUCAGAUUAAUUCGUUUAUUGCGCAGAACAGGGCGACCAAAGUGUUCAAUUCGACGGUGGUUUCGGACUUUUGUUACAGCGGGACGACGUGGAUUGGAUACGACGACGUUCGGAGCGUUUCGACGAAGGUCGCUUAUGCUAACAACAAAGGGUUGCUUGGCUACUACGCUUGGCAUGUUGGUGCUGAUGAUAAUUGGACUCUUUCUACCACAGCUUUAACUACUCAUAUAUUAACGACUCGAGGAGACAUGACGAAUAAGAGAUCAAAGAGGUUGUUGUUAUAUGUUCUCUUGCCCGUUAUCCUAGGGCUAGCAUUUGUCUUUGGGAUGGUACUGUUUUACGUGCGGCAACGACGUCGUUUGAGAAGGUCAUCAGAACGCUCAUCAAAAAGAAAGGGAGGAAGGGAUGCAGAAGCAUUUUUCGCGGGCAAAAUGGGAGAUAAGAACCCUAAAAUGUCGGCGGUUCGAUAUAGCAUCACACAACUUGAGAUAGCUACCAAUGAUUUCUCCAUUGAGAACAAGGUCGGACAAGGUGGAUAUGGCCCUGUUUAUAAGGGAGUGUUGGCCGACGGAAGGGAAAUAGCGGUGAAGAAGUUGUCGAGAAACUCGACCCAAGGAGACGAGGAGUUCAAGAAUGAAGUAAUGCUCACAACACAACUACAACAUGUCAACUUGGUCAGGGUUAUAGGGUACUGUAUCGACGGAGGAGAGCGGAUGUUGGUCUAUGAAUACUUGCCCAACAACAGUUUGGAUCAUUACCUCUUCGAUCCAGUGAGGAGCUUAUUGUUGGAUUGGGCAAAAAGAGUGGAAAUCAUUGAAGGAGUUACUCAAGGCCUUUUAUACCUUCAAGAGUAUUCCGGCCAGUCAAUUGUUCAUCGUGACCUCAAACCGGGAAACAUUUUGUUGGAUUCUAACAUGAAGCCUAAGAUAUCUGAUUUUGGGUUGGCUAGGAUUUUGACGACAGAUUCAUCAGAAGCUAACACUGAGCGAAUUGCUGGCACAAGAGCUUACUGCCCACGAGAGUAUCUGCAGAAUGGCGUGUACUCCAAGAAAUCUGACGUUUACAGCUUCGGGAUCCUUCUUCUGCAGAUCAUAAGCAGCAAGAAAUGUGGUUCCCAGUACGGUCCUGAUGGAGAUCUGGAGCUUCAUGUCUAUGCAUAUGAUCUGUGGAAAGAAGGUAGAGAGAUGGAGAUCAUGGAUCCUUCACUAGACGACUCGAAUUCUACUUGCAAGUUGGUGAACUGCUUGAGAAUAGCUAUGCUCUGCAUCCAGAGGAAACCAAUGGAUAGGCUGAGUAUGCAGAAGGUUUCGUCGAUGCUCAGAGAUUUCUACAACAUCGAUAAUGCAGAAGAUAGGAACAUUGAGAUCAAAGACAGGAUGCAGAUUGGGUUUCUAUCCAAGCUUGGUGUGGUCAUCUUCUCCUCCUUUGGGGUGAUUGCAUUCACCGAUUCCCCAUCCGUCGUCGCUCCUCGAUGCUUCGACUGACUGUGGGGGAAGCGGUGUCUCCUUCGAUUGCUGAGGCGGGUGAUCUUUGGUUGCAGAUGUUAUGAGAUUCAUGCAGGGUUUCGUCUGUUCCUCUUUUUGUUUGUUGUUGGGAGUGUUGUUGGGGCUGCUUCUUUGGGUUCUGGGAUUGGGUUUGUGUUGGGGUUCUCUGUUGGUGUUUGGUUUUGCAGGUGGUUUCUGUUCUCGGUUCUGCUUGUGUGUGGUUGUCUUUCAACCCUUGGGUGAGUCUCACACUUCUGUUUCUUGGCUCUCUUCGUCCCGGUCCCGUUGGCCUUGUUUUCAGCUCUGAGCAGCCCGUUCACAGUCCUUUCCACCGCCGUGCAAUCCCUAUUCGGCGAUUCACUGUGAUGGGUGUCUUUGAACAACCCCCAGCAGGCGGCAUAUGAAUUAGCAAUGCCCUUUUUCAUGGUCAAGACUGGUUUGGGUGAGCUGAAGCUGCUGUGUUCCACUCUGGUUGAUGUGAUUACAAAGUUUUGAUGAUUCUUGUGUUUUGGCUCAUGGAAGGAUCCCUUGUUGUUUCUGUUCUGGUUGUGUUUUCGCGACUGUGUUCUCUGGAUGUUUGAUGUUCUCUUCUGGUUGGUUUGGGUUUCCUUUCUUGUUUGGGGUCUUUUCUUGAAGCUGGAUUUCAGGGGUUUUCCUUUUCUUUGUAACCGUGUUCUUUCCAAGUGAAAUACAAGCAACAUCUUUGU